AAAUGCCAAAAAAACCCUUCUGGAGAGCAGAGAAUCAGAAGCAGCUUUAAGAAGGAAAACGAAUCUGGUACAUCUGGGAAACAACGUCUUUUUUCUUUCCUCCAGAUAACUACAAAACUCUUCCCCAGCCAGGAAGAGACAAGGAAAAAAAAUAGGAGAAGAGUUUUGAGCUGAUAAACAAGCAUUGUGUGUGGAACUCAAGGAAACAUUAUAUCAAAAAAUAAAGGUGGAAUAUUUCCAGAUUCAGAAAAAGAGGAAAUAUCUAGAAGUCUGUGGGGAGGAAGCUCUCAUUCCAGACAAUAAUGCAGGCCUCACCCUGUGAGGAAGCAAACAGCUUGAACGAUCCAAAAAGAGAUCUCCUCAAGAAACUAAGACUAUCAGUGGCGGAAAAGCUCCACAGAUAUUCAUAUUGUCAGAAAAGCACAAAUUACAAAUCAGAGCUGAUUAUGGAUCAGAGGAUCCACACUGGUGAAAAACCAUACAAAUGCUCCGAAUGUGGUGAAGUUUUUCGCUACACUUCCCAGCUUUUUGAGCAUAAAAGAACCCAUAAUGGAAAAAAACCCUAUCAGUGCCCACAGUGUGCCAGAAAGUUUAGUAAGCAUGCCACACUGGUGAUACACAAGAGGACACACACCGGAGAGAAACCAUUUGAGUGUCCAGAGUGUGGGAAAAGUUUCAGUCGGAACUCUUCCCUGAUGAUACACCAGAGAAUUCACACAGGGGAGAAACCUUAUGAGUGUCCAGAUUGUGCGAAAAGUUUCAAUAAUUAUUCUAACCUUGUAAAACAUCAGAGGACACACACAGGAGAGAAACCAUACGAGUGUCCAGAUUGUGGGAAAAGUUUCACUAAUAAAUCCAGCCUUGUGCAACACCAGAGGACUCACACAGGCGAGAAACCAUAUGACUGUCCAGAUUGUGGGAAAAGUUUUCGUCAAAGUUACAAUCUGGUCAUACACCAGAGGACUCACACAGGAGAGAAACCCUUUGAAUGUCCAGAUUGUGGGGAAAGUUUCAUUCAGAACUCUUACCUGGUGAUACACCAGAGGACUCACACAGGGGAGAAACCGUAUGAGUGUUCGGAUUGUGGGAAAAGUUUCAAUAAAAAUUCCAGACUUGUGCAACACCAGAGGACUCACACAGGAGAGAAACCGUAUGAGUGUUCAGAUUGUGGGAAAAGUUUCAGUCAGAAGUCUAAUCUGGUAAUACACCAGAGGACUCACACAGGUGAGAAACCAUACGAGUGUUCAGAUUGUGGGAAAUGUUUCAGUCAGAACUUUCGCCUGGUGAUACACCAGAGGACUCACACUGGGGAGAAUCCAUAUGAGUGUCUAUACUGUGGGAAAAGUUUCCUCCACAAGUCUAACCUGGUGAUACACCAGAGGAUUCACACUGGAGAGAAACCGUAUGAGUGUUCGGAUUGUGGGGAAAGUUUCCGUCAGAAAUCUUGUCUGGUGAUACACCAGAGGAGUCAUACUGGGGAGAAACCAUAUGAGUGUUCGGAUUGUGGGAAAA